CUUGACGUGAACAACCAACAUCUGUCGACAACCUUGAAGUUCUACAACCAGCGCUCAUUUCAUCCGAAUAUCUCGCCGAGAAUCCAUAGCUCAUAGUUGAUCUUGCAGAGCUCAUCCAAUAUGGCACACCCCCACUUCACAGACGAGCAGCUGAAAGGUGCUGCGUUCAACGCGACAUCUGCAGCUCUCGUUGAAAUCACCGAUCAGGCCACAAGAGACCACAGUCAAGAUCCUCAGUCUCACAUUCACCGGCCUGCUGAUCAUCCUCAGGCUCAUGGGCUUCUACAUAAGUUUAUGCCCAAAGAGACUGCAGAGAAACUCGAGUCCCAUCUUCACAUGGGCAACUACGUAAUCACUGACCGCGCGAAGGGAACAAAAGAAUUCGAGGCUAUGAGCAUCUAUGUGCGACUAGGCAUGCAUCUUUUGUAUUAUGGAAGUUUGCAGGCGGAUGUGCUGCACACGCAGCGGGUGAAAGAACUACUCAAAGAGCAGAGCGUUAAAAUGGGUGCCAAAUACGACGAUCCUGCGAGCAAGGCCCACAUAGUUCCAUUCAUCGAGAGUUUCAAUCUGCAGGCGUCGAUGGCGGAAAUGGUGAAGCCCGAUCCAGACAGCUAUGCUACGUUCAAUGAAUUUUUUGCACGGGAGAUUCGGCCCGACGCAAGACCGCCUGCGGAGAAAGGGAACGAAGCUGUGGUCUCAUCGCCAGCAGACUGCAGACUGACAGCUUUUCCGACCAUAGAUCUUGCAACCAAGUAUUGGAUAAAGGGAUUUGGCUUUACCCUUGAGAAGUUGCUGGGAAGUGCUGAAGCAGCUAAGCUGUUCGACGGUGGCAGUCUGGUGAUCGCGCGUCUUGCACCACAAGAUUAUCACCGAUGGCAUGCGCCGACCAGUGGGACGGUCACUUCAGUCACCGAUAUUGACGGCACGUAUUACACUGUCAAUCCCCAAGCUAUCAACGAAGCAAGCACUUUAGAUGUAUUUUGCGAAAACAGGAGGUCAGUCAUGAUGCUGAAGUCAAAAUUUGAUGGUUCUCCCUUUGCGCUAGUCGCUGUUGGGGCUAUGCUGGUCGGAUCAAUAAAAUACGUCAAUGACACUAAUAAAGAAGGUAAAGUAUUGGAGCGCGGUGAAUGCGUAGGUGCGUUUUACUAUGGUGGAAGCACUGUUGUCGCGCUUUAUCCCAAGGGUGCUGUCGAGUAUGACGCGGACAUUGUUAAAGCAUCUACUGAGGAGCAGUGCGAGACCUUGGUUAAGGUUGGAGAAAAGAUCGGAACGUACGUAUCUUGAGAAUAACAGCACACAUUCGUGUACAGGACCAGCCUCAACAAGGUGAACACGUUUUCGUUGGAUACGUUGGCAUUGCGACAUUAUGAAAGCCAUGGAAGAAGUUUAUUCGACGUAAUUAGUCCGUACGCUCCACGACUUUAAGCUGAACAGUUUCUGAACAAAAAUCGGGAAAUUUAUGAAUUACGAUCUUAAACAUCGUGACGACGACAAAAAUUAUUCUAGUUCAAUUCAUAGCUCACUCUCCACUAGUGGUGCAAGAACCAUUGGCUUUGUCAACGCUGAAUUUCGCUCGUUGUGAUAGUUGAUUAGCAUUUGAUCUCCGAUCUGCUUCACAAUACCAAACACUCCG